UGAUCAAUCGUGUUUACUCCGUCAAUUCAUUUGACACGCACCGAGUUGUUGCCGCAAAUGCUAGAUGCUUCAAGCACUACGAAUGUUUGAAUUUUUUGAUUAGAUUACAAAGUAUAUAAAAAUGUUUGAUUAAAACAUUUAUAUUUUAGUAUCAUUUAAGAAGUGAUCUUUAAUACGUUUUAACGAUAUUUCAACGAUGAGUUCCGAUCACACGCAUAGACGAUGGAGUAAUUUACGUAAAGUAUUAGAAAGAACAGGUCCUUUUUGUAGACCGGAUUUCGAACCGUCGCCAGAAACAUUGCAAUUUUUAUUAGACAAUUGCAAGAUUCUCGUCAUUGGCGCCGGUGGUUUAGGAUGCGAAUUACUUAAAGAUUUAGGGUUGAUGGGUUUUAGACAAAUUCAUGUAAUCGAUAUGGACACGAUUGAAUUAUCUAACCUCAAUCGGCAAUUUCUCUUCCGCCAUAAGGAUAUCGGCUCGUCAAAAGCGGAAGUAGCUGCAAAUUUUGUCAAUAGUAGAAUACCAGGCUGCAAUGUUAUACCACAUUGUUGCAAAAUACAGGAUAAAGAUGAAGAAUUUUAUAGACAAUUUCACAUAGUCAUUUGUGGUCUAGACUCGAUCGUUGCAAGAAGAUGGAUCAAUGGAAUGCUGUUGUCUUUAUUGGUUUACGAAAAUGGUGAACUUGAUCGGUCCACUGUAAUACCCAUGAUUGAUGGAGGAACGGAAGGUUUUAAAGGAAAUGCAAGAGUAAUACUACCUGGUCUAUCUGCUUGCGUUGAAUGUACUUUGGAUUUAUAUCCUCCUCAGGUGACAUACCCAUUGUGUACAAUAGCAAAUACUCCACGCCUACCAGAACAUUGUAUAGAGUAUGUGAAAGUAAUUCAAUGGCCAAAAGAAAAUCCAUUUGAUUGUGCGAUAGAUGGAGAUGAUCCUCAGCACAUAAAUUGGAUUUAUGAAAAAUCUAAUGAAAGAGCAGCUCAAUUUGGAAUACAAGGAUUGACAUACAGAUUAGUGCAAGGUGUAGUUAAAAAUAUUAUACCUGCUGUGGCAUCUACAAAUGCUGUCAUUGCUGCAACAUGUGCUACCGAGGCAUUUAAACUAGCUAGCAGUUGUAGUGCUUCGCUAAAUAACUAUAUGGUACUGAAUGAUGUAGAUGGAAUUUAUACUUACACUUAUGAAGCAGAAAAGAAAGAAGAUUGCGUGGCGUGUAGUCAAAUUCCAAAAGAAAUCGAAAUUAGUAAUCCUAAAUUCAAAUUGAAAGACUUGAUAGAGAACUUGUGUGAAAGGCCAGACUUGCAAAUGAAAAAUCCAGGUCUCACGGCGUACAUUGACGGGAAAAAUAAAACGUUGUAUAUGCAAACUGUAACGAGUAUUGAGGAGAGAACUCGUGAGAAUCUAACAAAAACGCUGAUCGAACUCGGGCUUAGACACGGCAGUGAGAUAAAUGUCGCUGACAUUACUACUCCUAAUGCAAUUGUAUUAAAAUUAAAAUUUGUAUAUUGUAAUUCAGAUAUGUGAAAAAUCCUUCAUUUUGUUCAUAAAUUUAUCACUACAAACCAUUAUAUAUAUUUACAGUACUUGUAUUGCUUUUGUGUCAGUUUAAGAAAUAAUGUCGACAUGAAUAGUUCAUCAACAUUAUUCUUAUCGAAAUAAAAACGAAAAUAUGUUCAA